UAUACUACGGAAAAAAUACCGGAGAUCGAGAAAAGACGCUGGUGGAGAUCAUGGACGUCCCAAUGGCUGGCGGUCUAGCCGCAAAGAGGGGUGGUGGUUUGCCAAAAUUACGAGAACUUCUUAGACGGCAAAGACGGGAUUCAGACGGCCAAAAUGAUACACCUGACUUGGAUUUUGAGUAUAAUGAUGCCCAUAAAUAUACCUCAGAAAUCGCAGAAUUAUACAGUUACACUGAAGAACCAGAGUUUUCUUUGGGACAGAAAUGUUUUGAAGAGGAUUUCCACUCUUAUGUUGAUGAGAAGUGGAGUCAGCUAGACGAGAGUCGUCAUGUGAUGCACAUAUUACGGCUACAGAAUAGCUUAGAAUGUGCCAAGAGAGAACAGAGGAUGAAAACAGCCAGAGCUGUUCUUUAUCUUGCUCAAGGUGUGUUCAGUGAAUGUUCAUCAGAGGAGGACCAGGUGAAAUGGUGUCGUCACAAUUGUUUUCUUCUCUAUCGAUGUGGCAUCUUUACCACAUUUGUAGAAUUAUUGUGCAUGGAGGCAGAGAACUCUGUUGCAGCGUCAACUGCUCUCCGUAAACCUGCUGUAUCAAUAGUUGACAGUACAGAUCUCAGAGUGGUACUUAGUGUGCUGUACAUCAUGGUUGAAACUCUUCGGACAGAGCAUUCUGAGGAUACAGAUGAAAUGAAAGCAUAUAUAAACAUCUUCAAAAUAGAAAUAGGUCAAGCAGUAAAGAAUGAUGACUCUCUUUGUGUCAUCCUCUUCAACAUGGUAACUAAGUUCUGCAGUGGACAUGCUCCACAUUUCCCAAUAAAGAAGAUUCUCCUGCUGCUCUGGAAAGCUAUUAUGUUUUCCCUAGGUGGUUUGUCAGACUACUCACAGAUGAAACAAACAGCAAGAAAAGCAGCAGGUCUACCCCCUGUCAGAGAAGAUACAAUGUGUGUUGCAAAGACGAUGAGGGCAUCAUCUCCUCCGAUGGCAGCAGCUGAAGUUUUUGACCCUCAGCGGAGGUCAUCCAGACAAGCAAGAAGGGGUUUGGUGAAGCAGAAUGGAAUAGAUGAACCUAUGCCUGAGGAUCCAUCUAAUCAGGAUAAAGAUGAUGGGAAAGAAGAUGGUAGUAAUGGAAGUGAAGAAGAUGAUGAUGGGAAUGGAAGACCACCUGAUACACCAAGAGAACCUAGAAUUCUACCAUGGACACCUAAAGUCAGGCAAAGAGACCUUGAUAAUUUCUUGGAUCACACUAGGAACAAGUUUGUAGGGUAUCAAGUUCAAAGUGACACAACAACCCUGGCUGGUCUUCCCCAACCCAUCCAUGAAGGGGUUCAGAUUCUUAAAAAACAUGUAUAUGUGUCUCUGUCUGAAUUACAAGUCAAGAGGGAGGAAGAAAUCAACAAAAAUCCACUUUCCAAGGGAGAAGGAGAUUAUGUAUCAUCUUCUGUUGAAUCCCUCUAUCAAUCCAUGCUACCUAAUCUACCCCAGUAUAUGAUAUCGCUCCUGAAGAUUCUUCUUGCUGCUGCUCCAACAUCUAAAGCCAAAACUGAAUCUAUAAAUAUCCUAGCUGAUGUUUUACCAGAAGAAAUGCCAAUCACUGUUCUACAGAGCAUGAAACUAGGAGUUGAUGUCAACAGACAUAAAGAGAUUAUCGUGAAGGCUAUCUCAGCUCUCUUACUCAUCCUUCUCAAGCAUUUCAAGCUUAACCAUGUCUAUCAGUUUGAGUUCAUGAGCCAACACCUGGUAUUUGCUAACUGCAUCCCUCUAGUGCUCAAGUUCUUCAAUCAAAACAUCCUCUCCUAUGUGGGUGCUAAGAACAGUAUCCACGUGAUAGACUUCCCUUCAUGUGUUAUUGGUGAUCAGCCUGAGCUUACAGCAGAGAGUCUAGAAGCAGGAGAUAGCCAGCCUUACUGUUGGAGGAAUCUCUUCUCAUGUAUUAAUCUGCUCAGAAUACUCAACAAGCUCACCAAAUGGAAACAUUCAAGAACCAUGAUGUUGGUCGUCUUCAAAUCAGCUCCCAUUUUGAAGCGUGCCCUGAAGGUUAAGCAAGCAAUGAUGCAGCUGUAUGUAUUAAAGCUUCUGAAAGUACAGACUAAAUAUCUUGGUCGUCAAUGGAGGAAGAGUAAUAUGAAGACUAUGUCAGCUAUUUAUCAGAAGGUUCGUCAUAGACUCAAUGAUGACUGGGCAUAUGGCAAUGACAUGGAUGCUAGACCAUGGGACUUUCAAGCAGAGGAAUGUGCAUUAAGAGCAUGUGUGGAUAGAUUCAACUCUAGAAGAUAUGAACACAACAACUCAACAUGUCUUCAUCCAGAACUUGCUCCUGUUGAUAAUAACUUACAGAGUGUACUUAGUCAGAAGGUGGAAUUGAGUGAAGAAUUUCAACGGUACUAUGAAGUUUGGUUAGAUAGAGAAGUCUUCUCAACACAAAUCAACUGGGACUUGCUUCUGAGAGACCAGGUCUGUAUAUAGAGAUUCAAGACUGGUCUAAUAGAAAGAUCAGGUACCGGAAUUCUAGACCAUAGGCAAGGU